CAAAUCAAUUUUUGGAAUCUAAUACAAAUAAUUCAUCACAAUCUAAUAUUAAUCCUAAUGAUGAUAAACAAAUCCCAUCAUUUAAAGAAUUUUUACAAGUAGAUAUGGAAGAAAAAGCUGAAGGCAAAUUUCUAGAACAAUUAAAUAAUUUUAAAGCUGAAGCAAUAAAUAUAAAACAUAUAUCUCAUUUAUCAA